CCGCUUGCAGUUUCUCUCCGAUGACGGAAAGUUUACAUUACGAAAGCCAUUAGAUGUAUGUAAUUUUUAUAUAAGCAUACCUGCUUUUGAAGUGUAUCGAACAUAUCUUCAUCAGCUAGAACCAAAUCAGCUUUCCAGCACAAGACGAGGAAGAACACAAUGAGACCAGUUAUUUUCUGCUUGUUCUCCGCUGUCUUGAUCUACACAGUGACUGGUAAAUUCUGUGACGAGUCGCAAUGUAAGCGGCCAUCCUGCGUCUGCGACACGCAAGGUUCACCAGAGGGCCUACGGGUCGAAGACACACCACAGUUCGUUAUGCUGACUUUUGACGACGCUGUGAAUGUUGUUAAUUUUCCAGACUACGAGGAACUUUUGAUGAAUGGCAGAAAAAACUUGCGAAGUAAUUGUCCUAUCCAAGCUACCUUUUUUGUUUCCCAUGAAUACACUGAUUAUUCUCUAGUGCACGAACUCUGGCGAUACAACAAUGAUAUAUGUGUCCACAGUAUCAGUCAUUUGCCUAGCACGGAGUAUUGGAAAAAUGCAAAUCAAACCAUAUGGGAAGAAGAACUAGGUGGGAUGAGAAAAAUCAUUUCCAAAUUUGCCAACAUACCGGAGUCUGACAUUGUAGGUGUUAGAGCACCAUUUCUUCAAACUGCUGGCGAUGUAACUUUCGGCGUGAUGAAAUCGCUAGAUUUCCAUUACGAUAGUUCUAUGCCUACUCGUCAAAAAGCUAACCCCCCUCUAUGGCCAUACACUAUGGACUAUGGCUACCAACAAGACUGCCAGAUUACCCCAUGCCCAACGAAAAACUAUAAGAGCUUUUUCAUAGUACCUAUGGUGAACUACUUCAGGAAACUUGAAAUUGCACCAGGACAUUUCUUGGAUAUACCUUGCGCUAUGGCUGAUGCUUGCCUUCCUCUUCCGGAAACCGAAGACGAAACCUUUCAGUAUUUAAGAGAAAACUUCGAAAGACACUACAGCACUAACCGCGCGCCAUUCCCCUUGUUCCUUCACCAAGCUUGGUUUUCUAAUCCGGAAAGAAAGAAAGGUUAUUUCAAGUUUGUUGACUGGUUGCUUCAAAAGGACGAUGUUUUUAUUGUUACUAUUAGAGAAGCCCUAGAAUUUGUGAGAAAUCCCCAGCCUCUCGACAACUACAAACAAGUCUGCAAGAGUCCCAAGCAAUCCACUUGUGUGUCCAACCAAUGUACUUAUUCGAAAACACCUCUUAACGGCCCUAGAAACAUGAAAUGUUGUGGUACGUGUCCUGCUAACUAUCCGUGGCUAUGGAAUGUUGAAGGAAAUUAACACAUUUUUAGUUAGUUUCUUUAGACCACUCUGAACGAUGAAUGAUUCACCGAGGUAGACAAACUUGCUGGUGUGCAGAAUAAUUAUCUUUGAAAUAAUUGUACUAAUACAAAUAAAGUUUUAUUAAUUGAUAUUAUAAUUGUAACAGAUAUUAAUCAAUGAUAAAAAUAAAUGUAUGAG